AAACGGAUGCACUCUCGAACGCAGUAAUCUCCGUAUACUUUCUGUGCGCACACCGGAGGACGAAGCAGCUCAACGUUGUGGAAAGGCCGUGAAAGUCGACCAUGACUGAGCAUAACAGCCGCAAGCGGCGGCAUCCGACGGAGUUAGGCCCACCUCCACGAUGGCUCAACUGUCCGCGCAAGGGAGCUCUCAUUGCUGAGAAGUUCCUUCCUUUCAAGACGCCCCUGAGCGAGGUGUAUGAUGCUCAGGUGCCCGAGGAGAACCGCUUCCCGCCAUCCAUGCUGUUGGACUCCUUGUCCAGCUACAAGCUGAAAAUGGGACUGUGGAUCGACCUGACUAAUACAGACCGAUUCUACAACCCCAAGGUGGUCGAGGAACGAGAGGUUCGAUACCUCAAGCUUCAGUGCCGUGGCCAUGGAGAGUGCCCCUCGGAGGAGCAGACAGACUUGUUCAUUGAAUUGUGCCAGAGGUUCAUCUCUAAGAACCCACUGCACAUAAUUGGUGUUCACUGCACGCAUGGUUUCAACCGGACAGGUUUCCUCAUUGCCAGCUACUUGGUUGUGAACAUGUCCUGGAGCAUUGAAGCAGCAGUUGGGGCCAUUGCAGAGGCUCGGCCCCCUGGCAUCUACAAAGCUGAUUACCUUCGAGAGCUGUUCAAGCGAUAUGGGGAUGUUGAUGAAACUCCUCCGCCUCCUCCUCGGCCCAGCUGGUGUGAUGAGGAUAACGAGGACCUAGACGAUGAUGGCAAUUCACUGGGCGGCAAUGGCGGUGGAGAUGGACCCGUGCACACACGACGGAGACGGGAGUUCAACAAGAAGAACCCCACCUUCAUGGAGGGUGUGCCUGGUGUGGAGCCCAUCACCACUCAACCUAAACUUCUGCAAAUACAACGAAGGUGUCAGGAGCUUUGCCACUGGGAGAGUUCAGGCUUCCCUGGCAGCCAGCCCGUGUCCAUGGAUCGGGACAACAUCAAAAAGUUGCAGAAAAAAGAGUACAUGGUCAGCUGGAAAGCCGACGGAACACGGUACAUGAUGCUCAUAGACGGGGAAAACGAAGUCUACUUCAUUGACCGGGACAACUGUGUUUUUCAAGUAUCAGGCCUGUGCUUCCCCAAGCGCAAGGACCGCUCCCAACACAUCCAGGAGACGCUAGUGGAUGGGGAGAUGAUUAUUGACAAGGACAAUGGAAGGGAUGUGCCUCGCUACCUGAUCUACGACAUCAUCCGUUUCCAGGGUGAGGAAGUUAUGGGGGUGGAUUUCUGUCGGCGGUUAACAUGCAUCUCCCACGAGCUGUACGAGCCACGCAAGGCAGCCAUGCAAGAAGGCCGCAUCAAGAGGGAAAGCGAGCCCUUUGGUGUGCGACAGAAGCAGUUUUGGGAUGCCUCCUUAACGUACAAGCUGCUGAGUGACAAGUUUGCCCAGAGCAUGCCCCACGAGUUGGACGGCCUCAUCUUCCAGCCCAAAGCGGACCCGUACAUCUGUGGCCGAGCUAUGGAUGUGCUCAAGUGGAAGCCGCCCCACCUCAACACCAUCGACUUUCGGCUAAAGAUUAUCAAGGAAACUGGCCCAGGUAUUGUACCCAAGCUAGUCGGACAUCUCUUUGUGGGUGGCUGUGACCUUCCAUACGCAAAGAUGAAGGUCAACAAGCAGUUACGGAACAUGGACAACAAGAUUAUCGAGUGCAGGGUUGAAAGUGGCAACUGGGUCAUGCUUCGGGAGCGAACAGACAAGUCUUUUCCCAACAGUUACAUCACGGCCGAUGGUGUUAUGGAGAGCAUAAAAAAUCCCGUUGACAAGGAUUACCUCCUCCACUUCAUCCACGAAUGGGGGUUUCGCAAGAGGCCGACAGAUAGCGAACUGAUGCCACCUCCAAACCAGCGCGCCGCACCCUAGUGGAGACCCCGUUGUGUCGACAGAGCCAACGUGCGCUACCGCCGCUUCGUAGCUCGCUGAACUACAACGAUGCGCUCGCUCCAUUUCCAUCGGAGCCAAGAACUGACGGCGGCCGCUUCCGAAGUUCUUGGGACUCGGUCACUCGCCUAUUGCGUGAAAUGCACGUUUUCUGGCCCACGAGCCGCAGUGUAGUCUCCUUCACGCAUUCACUAUGACACAGGACACAAGGAAUGGUGUGUGGAGUCACCGCAGCUGUGGUACCGUCUUCAUUCAGCGUGUGUAAAUAGAGACGGGCACUGAGAAAGCAUCACUGACCGUGUCACUGUGGCAAGGGGAAACGCCGCGACUAGCAAGUGUGUUCGAGAUGGGCGACCGUGUGACAACACAUGUGGCACAACUGGUGCCCCCGUGAGGCGUGUGUUGACUGUGAACGCCGUGUGUUACCUCAAGGUGCUCUCUACAGGGCGAAAUUGCUUCGUCUCCCAUAGCACUGGUCUGUCUACGAGUGCUUCUUUACCUCUCUCACUCUUUUGCACUCCCCUUUCUUGUGCUCUGUUUGUCUGGUUUUUCAGGCUCCUGUUUCGAAUAAAUAGGCUGAUUGCGACCACCCACUGCUUUUGCUUUGGGGGCAGGAGGGGGGGGGGGGGUGACCUUGUUUGUUAGCAGCCUAUGCAUGCACAAAUCGCUGCCUUUUUUAUUUGUUUUGUCUUUGCUUCUUUUGAAGAACAUUGUUUGACUUGCACACCGCUUUAAGUGCUGCAGAUUUCUCAUACGCGCAUUUAGCUUGUAGCCCUAGUGCUGGCAGCAAACCACCCCAUGAAAGUGAGAAGGAAAAAGCAUAGGAUGGAGGCAAGAUUGGAUCAUGAGCACGCUUCGAACAGAAAGGGUUUAUUUUGAAGCGAUGUGCAUAAAGUGCAGACGGAAGAACUGCUGGUCGAAGUUGCAGCUUGGCAAUCCUGCAACCCCUUUUGGAAAAACAAGAAGUGAGAAUGGUGUGCUCUUGUACAUGAGCAUUACUUACCAGUGGCAUUUACAGCUAUAGCUGCAGGAGCUGACUAUAACACUGCUAGGAUCACCCCAUUCACUGAAGAGAGAAAAAUGAGUGAGUGAUAAGCGUCUGUUUGUCUAGAUUCUCAUCGACAUCAAAUUGCUUUAGUAGCGAAUAGUCAGCUCUUUGUUUUUGUAGCUUGGUUAUGUCGACUAUGCAUAGAUAGGCUCAAAAGCCCAUUAUUUUAUUGUGAGCAUGUUCAGCAUUAGAUGGAUCAUGAGAAGGUGUGUUUACCUUUGUUGCUCAAACUGUAGCAGCAGUCAACUUGCGUAAGGAAUGCGCUGCAAGCUGGUUUAUAGAGCAACCGUUCGGUCUCCGUGACGUAAGCUGCUGGUUGUGCCACAUGUGGGUCUUGCAGAAGCAAUAGUUGCUGACAUCCUAGCGUGUUCUUAUUAUGGCCAGUGUAGAUAUGCCCUCAUAGGCAGGAAAGUUUCCACUUCCUCGAAUAGCUCGUGAAGAACCGUGGGUCACCAGCACAAGAACUUUACUGUAGUGGUAGCUUGACAUUGGUCAAAUUUUUCGACUUGGUGGAAGCUAUGGAGCAUUCGCAGCAUCCACAUUGGUCACAUUUUUCACUUUUGCCAAGUUGCUGGUAAAGAAAAGUCUUGUGUGUACGCUUGCCCUCAUAAAUAUUAGUGCCGGCUUUUAAGUGGCAGAGGGUGGCAUUUUGGCACACUUGGGUGCUUUGAAAUGUGUUGUCAGCAGAAUGGUUUUAAUUGUUAAAUCUGGCUUUGCACAUACUGAUAUUUUCUUGUAAUUGGUGGGUACCUUUUCACCUGAUGUCGGGCUGUUCUCUGUUGUCGCAUAUAUUUUUUUUUUACCUCAUUUCUCAUUCUCCUUUUGGCCUGGGCAAUGUGUGUAUAUGUGUGUGCUUCACAGAAAGGACAUUGCACGUAUUUUUGUUUGAAGUGUGCGAAGCAAGAGUGUAUUUAGCAGUGUUUUGUUGUGCCCUUAUUUGUUGAUUUUUUUUCUUCUAGAAGCGCUGCAUGAGUGAGGUGAUGCUGUUUCCCCUCAUCGUAAUAAAUGAAUGCUUGGAAACAAA